AUGGCUGGUGUGGUGUUACAAUGACAAUAACAGUGUAGGCCUAGAUAACAUGGCUGGGGUACUCAGAGAGUGCUGUGUUCUUAAUGCUUGUACUACUGCUUUGUGGACCAGCAAAGGCUUUCAACUUUCAAUUUUAGUCGCACAUGCAUUAUGUAUGCAGCUAACCCUCGACUGAGUUUCUCAACUCUGUCUGGAGUGUCAUAUUUCAACCUGCUCCCCUUUUGUGUGGUGUCUGAGUAAAGUUCGUAAUAGAGUAUAUUAGAUGCCUUCCCCUUGCCUUGUGGCUUUUUGGAUGACGUCUCUGAAUUGUUUAUGGGUUGUUCCAGCCAAGAGACAUUUCAGGUCAUCAUGUCUUGGCUCCACUGCCACAUUCUACUGUUUUGAUAUCAUUCUCCUUAAUUGCAUUUGGUUUGCUCACCUCCUUCUUGCCUGUUUCUUUCUUCCUCUCACUCGUCAGUUUUUAAGUCUCAUCCUGUCAUGAUAGUUAGCCCUAUUUCCUGCAAGGGCUCGACAUCGGCGUGAGAGGCUGUUGAUGAUAUGCAGAUUAUUUUAAUGACAGAUGCCCAAAUAGACUGGAAUCUUGUGAUGAACAUGAAUCUGGAUUAGUAGCACCAGUUAGGCGCCAGUGUUUGAAGGCCCAAUCUGUCUGUGGUGUUGGCCCUGCCAUGCCCACGGCCAGAAGACUGCCAGACAAUGCCACGCUCUUUAAGCUCCAAUGAGGUGGCGUGAAUAAAUCGAAGGCAUUCCCCAUCUUCUCAUGUGUGUCAGAAGCAGUUGUGAGCACUGUUGAAAAGCUGACUAAACUUUAACCAACCCACAGGGCAAAAAUAGAAAUCUCUGUGUGUUUAGUAUGUUGUUUUCUGUUUGUCACUGACCUUCUCAACUCUAGAAAGUACCUUGGAUUAUCCACCCCAGCCCUUUGUUAAACUGUUGCAUAGCCAUGGUCUUCCAAGGUCCUUUUUCAAAGCAGACCAUAAUAUAUUGUUCACCCCAAAACCACUAAAAGCAUUUUAAGCUGAUUUGAAGAUGUAGGCUUAGGCUGUAGGCCUUGUUUUUAAAAUACAGUGUGCAAGAGCAUCUCUGUUUGGUCUCUGGGUGGUUGAGAUUAUGUUGGUUUAGAGAAUGCAUCAGUGCUCCAGUCCAUCUCCCCCUGCUCCUCUAUCAACUUAUCUCUCCUUGUCUCCACCUCCACCCUUCCUGCUGAGAGUGAUUUGGAUGGUAACGUUAUUCCGUGCAGCUGCAGAAUUGAUGGUGUUUUGGUGACGUAGUCACUGGCACCAGCGGGAGAUUGAUGCCCAGUGUGUCCCCCCUCUGUGUCCAUGUCGGCUCACAUGAGAUGCUCACACAUCAUCUGCCUCCCACAUCCACCUACAACACACACACACACUGCAAAUCCCACUGUUUGUGUGAAUCCUGCCACAUUCCAGCCUCCCUUAGAAAGCGGGGCAGUGACUUGUGGAGCUCUAUUUUGGUUAUGGGUAUAUACAUUUAAAUUCAAUCCCUUUUUGACAGCACCCCUUUUGAUUUGAACGAUACCUAACAUGCAUAUUUACCCAUUGUAGAAGUGCUCAGAAAGUGGCUUUAUGGACCUGAAUGCCAAGACAUUAAAGAGAGAGCUGCUCAAAGUUUUCUGAUUAGCAUACCCCACCAUACCAUGAGACAUACAUUUACAUUUUAGUCAUUUAGCAGAUGCUUUUAUCCAGAGCGACUUACAGUUAGUGAGUGCAUACAUUUUUCAUACUGGACCCCCAUGAGAAUCGAACCCACAACCCUGGCGUUGCAAGCGCCAUGCUCUACCAACUGAGCUGUCUUCAUCACUGGAAAAGAUAAACAGUUGAGAUUUAUGUCAGUUCAAAGCUUACAAACAGGGUUGUCAAACUAUUUAAUAAUUUCUGGUUUACAAAUAAAUAAAAUAUUUAAAUGGUACUUUAUUCUAUCAUUUUAUUGUGAGAAACUGCGGUUUUAUCACACAUAUUUUCUAUUUGUUCCUCUUAUGUGAGUGAUCCUUUUAGAAGUUUAUCCAAAAACACGUCAACUCAACUUAUUUUUAUUUUUUUCAUAUUCACACAUUGUAGCUUAGACCCUAUUUUACACAAUUUAAGGUUUUUGUGUUGUGCCCGCCAUCGGUUGAGACACAACAUGCUCUUGAAUACAGGGUGGGUGUCAUGUUUUUGCUGAUACAUGUACUUAAAUGGGAGGGAAUAAAUUGACAUUUCUACUUUAAAAUGUUACCACAAAGAUGGAAGUCCACACAUCAGAGAAUGUUGACUUGAAUGGUUAUAUCUGUUUUUAAAUUAUACUGUCAAUCCUCCGUAGGAAACCUAUUGAUAUCAUAGAAAUAGAUAACAGAUAUACAGCCAGUUUGUCACAAUUCCUGACAUUUAAUCCUAGUAAACAUAUCCUGUCUUAGGUCAGUUAGGAUCACCACUUUUAUUUUAAGAAUGUGAAAUGUCAUAAUUAUAGUAGAGAGAAUUAUUUAUUUCAGCUUUUAUUUCUUUCAUCACAUUCCCAGAGGGUCAAAAGUUAACAUACACAUACAUUUGGUAGCAUUGCCUUUAAAUUGUUUAACUUGUGUAGUCUUCCACAAGCUUCCCACAAUAAGUUGGGUGAAUUUUGGCCCAUUCCUCCUGACAGAGCUGGUGUAACUGAGUCAGGUUUGUAGGCCUCCUUGCUCGCACAUGCUUUUUCUGUUCUGCCCACAAAUUUUCUAUAGGAUUGAGGUCAGGGCUUUGUGAUGGCCACUCCAAUACUCCAAGUACGUUCAUCUCUAGGAGACUGAACGCGUCUCCUUCCUGAGCGGUAUGACGGCUGCGUGGUCCCAUGGUGUUUAUAGUUGUGUACUAUUGUUUGUACAGAUGAACGUGGUACCUUCAGGCGUUUGGAAAUUGCUCCCAAGGAUGAACCAGACUUGUGGAGGUCUACCAUUUUUUUCCUGAGGUCUUGGCUGAUUUCUUUAGAUUUUCCCAUGAUGUCAAGCAAAGAGGCACUGAGUUUGAAGGUAGGCCUUGAAAUACAUCCACAGGUACACCUCUAAUUGACUCACAUGAUGUCAAUUAGCCUAUCAGAAGCUUCUAAAGCCAUGACAUCAUUUUCCGGAAUUUUCCAAGCUGUUUAAAGGCACAGUCAACUUAGUGUAUGUAAACUUCUGACCCACUGGAAUUGUGAUACAGUGAAUUAUAAGUGAAAUAAUCUGUCUGUAAACAAUUGUUGGAAAAAUUACUUGUCAUGCACAAAGUAGAUGUCUUAACCGACUUGCCAAAACUAUAGUUUGUUAACAAGAAAUUUGUGGAGUGGUUGAAAAACAAGUUUUAAUGACUCCAACCUAAGUGUAUGUAAACUUCCGACUUCAACUGUACAUUACCAUUUAAGUUGACAUUCAACAGUGGGUGGACUGGCGGUCAUCUUUGUGGUAGUAAUUAGAAGUAAAAAUGUCAAUUUAAAUUUCAAUGGCGUUCCGGCUUUAUUGCAGUGAUCUGAAGGGAUAGGUCCAUUCUAUGAAUUAUAUUUCUAUGAUUGAAAUGACACCCACCCUGUAUUCAAGAGCAUGUCUCAACCGAUGCCAGACACAACACAAAAACCUCAGAUGUGAAAUAGGGUCUAAGCUACAACAUAUAUAUUAAUAUAGAGUUUACACAUUUUUAGAGCAUUGACGUUAAAGUUUUAAAAAUGACAUUUUUAUAGAAAAACUUUUUUUAAAGAAAGAAAUAAUACAAUCGUUUGACAACACGGUUUGUACAUUUUUAAAUGAUAUCUAACUUUAUAUUUUCCAGUGAUGGAUGUCUCAUGGUACGGUAGGGUAUGCAAAAUUAGUCAACUUUGAGCAUCUUUAUCUCCUGGAUAGUUUGGCAUUCAGGUCCAAAAACAACUUCUUCCAUGGGCAAACAUGUAUGGAAAGUUUGCUGUAAAAAAGUGAUCGAAUUCAAAUGGAUUUACCCAUACCUAUGUAUUAGGUGACGGUGGACAGGGAUGCAUAAAGCCUAGUCGAAGUGCCUUUAUUUCAAGGAGCCAAUGCAGGGGCUGAGUCAUCAACGGAACUGCUCAGGUGGGGCUUUAAUUUUUAAUCACCCAACGCAUCCGCUCCCUAUACUACGCACCCAGCUAUUUGGUCCCCCAGAAGGACCUUAAAUCAGACCUACUCAAGGCUAUCUGCUCCAACAGUCUCCAAAAGCAAGCCGUGGUCAAGAUGGAUGUCCAGUUUACUGUAGUUCAGUUUCUGUGGGUCUCUCAAAGUAUUGCAAUUAACCUUACUCCCUCGUUAUUUAUCCAGUUAGUGCAUUCAUCUAUUGGCACUGGCAUGAUCAUAGAAUGUGAAUUAAAUUACUGCCAGGGCUGUUUAUGUUUAUAUUCAGUCGGGAGGUGCCCCUCCUAUUGGGACUUUUUGUGUCAUCCUUUAUUUUCAUCUGACAGACAGAAUGAUGUUUUGCCUUAAGAGAAUGAAGGUCACAUCAGACCCAUGUUUGUUUCCGCAUCAUUACUGCUGUCGUUCGAUUUCCUAACCUUGUUUAUCAACCAUUGGGAAAAAAGCCUGAGUCUUAUUGGAUUCUCAGUCCGUCUUUCCUCUUGCAGAGAAGUCUAUUUUGUUGGUUGUAACUCACUUAGUACAAAUGAAAUGAUGGCGAACAGGGGACGGACUUGACCAUGAGAGUACUAGGGGAAUGGUGGGGGGGGGAAGGGUGACAUUGAGGAGGAGUUGUUUAGAGGCAGCACACACACACACCCACACACUACUGGGCCUCAUCAGACGGAUAGUGGCAUCUCCCACAUCAAUCAUAUCAGUUAGCUGGGCCUAGCAGUAAUUGCGCAAAUGUAUUCAGUAGGGUGGGGAUUUGGAUUCUGUGCUUCGCCGUCCACAGACAGUGGAAAGGAUUGAGGCGCAGAUUAAAGUGGAGAGAGGUCAACGUUGUUCAAAUUCUGGGACAGGGACGUUGCGGCCGGGAAUUCCAAUAUAAAUGUAAAGCAGCCUGGGAGCCAAAGUUAGGGCCGUCCUGCUCCAUUUGAGGCUGGCACAAGCACACGGGUGCGCUCAGGUAGACAGUGCCACACACACACAAAUGGUAAUUCCUGUAUGGUCACCGCCAAUCUCUUUCCACACAGACUGGAUAUGCCUUUGACAAUGAUGGACAUGAUUUUGGUUCAGCAGGAGUAUGAUUGUCCAGUCUGCCUAAAACCUACAGUGGGGAGAACAAGUAUUGAUACACUGCCGAUUUUGCAGGUUUUCCUACUUACAAAGCAUGUAGAGGUCUGUAAUUUUUAUCAUAGGUACACUUCAACUGUGAGAGACGGAAUCAAAAAUCCAGAAAAUCACAUUGUAUGAUUUUUAAGUAAUUAAUUUGCAUUUUAUUGCAUGACAUAAGUAUUUGAUCACCUACCAACCAGUAAGAAUUCCGGCUCUCACAGACCUGUUAGUUUUUCUUUAAGAAGCCCUCCUGUUCUCCACUCAUAACCUGUAUUAACUGCACCGGUUUCAACUCGUUACCUGUAUAAAAGACACCUGUCCCACACACUCAAUCAAACAGACUCCAACCUCUCCACAAUGGCCAAGACCAGAGAGCUGUGUAAGGACAUCAGGGAUAAAAUUGUAGACCUGCACAAGGCUGGGAUGGGCUACAGGACAAUAGGCAAGCAGCUUGGUGAGAAGGCAACAACUGUUGGCGCAAUUAUUAGAAAAUGGAAGAAGUUCAAGAUGACGGUCAAACACCCUCGGUCUGGGGCUCCAUGCAAGAUCUCACCUCGUGGGGCAUCAAUGAUCAUGAGGAAGUUGAGGGAUCAGCCCAGAACUACACGACAGGACCUGGUCAAUGACCUGAAGAGAGCUGGGACCACAGUCUCAAAGAAAACCAUUAGUAACACACUACGCCGUCAUGGAUUAAAAUCCUAUAACGCACGCAAGGUCCCCCUGCUCAAACCAGCGCAUGUCCAGGCCCGUCUGAAGUUUUGCCAAUGACCAUCUGGAUGAUCCAGAGGAGGAAUGGGAGAAGGUCAUGCGGUCUGAUGAGACAAAAAUAUAGCUUUUUGGUCUAAACUCCACUCGCCGUGUUUGGAGGAAGAAGAAGGAUGAGUACAACCCCAAGAACACCAUCCCAACCGUGAAGCAUGGAGGUGGAAACAUCAUUCUUUGGGGAUGCUUUUCUGCAAAGGGGACAGGACGACUGCACCGUAUUGAGGGGAGUAUGGAUGGGGCCAUGUAUUGCGAGAUCUUGGCCAACAACCUCCUUCCCUCAGUAAGAGCAUUGAAGAUGUGUCGUGGCUGGGUCUUCCAGCAUGACAACGACCCGAAACACACAGCCAGGGCAACUAAGGAGUGGCUCCGUAAGAAGCAUCUCAAGGUCCUGGAGUGGCCUAGCCAGUUUCCAGACCUGAACCCAAUAGAAAAUCUUUGGAGGGAGCUGAAAGUCCGUAUUGCCCAGCGACAGCCCUGAAACCUGAAGGAUCUGGAGAAGGUCUAUUUGGAGGAGUGGGCCAAAAUCCCUGCUGCAGUGUGUGCAAACCUGGUCAAGACCUACAGGAAACGUAUGAUCUCUGUAAUUGCAAACAAAGGUUUCUGUACCAAAUAUUAAGUUCUGCUUUUCUGAUGUAUCAAAUACUUAUGUCAUGCAAUAAAAUGCAAAUUAUUUACUUAAAAAUCAUACAAUGUGAUUUUCUGGAUUUUUGUUUUAGAUUCCGUCUCUCACAGUUGAAGUGUACCUAUGAUAAACAUUACAGACCUCUACAUGCUUUGUAAGUAGGAAAACCUGCAAAAUCUGCAGUGUAUCAAAUACUUGUUCUCCCCACUGUAUCUAAGGGAUGUACAGUGAGUGAAAAAAGUAUUUGAUCCCCUGCUGAUUUUGUACGUUUGCCCACUGACAAAGACAUGAUCAGUCUAUAAUUUUAAUGGUAGGUUUAUUUGAACAGUGAGAGACAGAAUAACAACAAAAAAAUCCUGAAAAACACAUGUCAAAAAUGUUAUAAAUUGAUUUGCAUUUUAAUGAGGGAAAUAAGUAUUUGACCCCUCUGCAAAACAUGACUUAGUACUUGGUGGCAAAACCCUUGUUGGCAAUCACAGAGGUCAGACGUUUCUUGUAGUUGGUCACCAGGUUUGCACACAUCUCAUUAGGGAUUUGUCCCACUCCUCUUUGCAGAUCUUCUCCAAGUCAUUAAGAUUUCGAGGCUGACGUUUGGCAACUCGAACCUUCAGCUCCCUCCACAGACUUUCUAUGGGAUUAAGGUCUGGAGACUGGCUAGGCCACUCCAGGACCUUAAUGUGCUUCUUCUUGAGCCACUCCUUUGUUGCCUUGGCCGUGUGUUUUGGGUCAUUGUCAUGCUGGAAUACCCAUCCACGACCCAUUUUCAAUGCCCUGGCUGAGGGAAGGGGGUUCUCACCCAAGAUUUGACGGUACAAGGCCCCGUCCAUCGUCCCUUUGAUGCGGUGAAGUUGUCCUGUCCCCUUAGCAGAAAAACACCCCCAAAGCAUAAUGUUUCCACUUCCAUGUUUGACAGUGGGGAUGGUGUUCUUUGGGUCAUAGGCAGCAUUCCUCCUCCUCCAAACACGGCAAGUUGAGUUGAUGCCAAAGAGCUCGAUUUUGGUCUCAUCUGACCACAACACUUUCACCCAGUUCUCCUCUGAAUCAUUCAGAUGUUCAUUGGCAAACUUCAGACGGGCCUGUAUAUGUGCUUUCUUGAGCAGGGGGACCUUGCGGGCGCUGCAGGAUUUCAGUCCUUCACGGCAUAGUGUGUUACCAAUUGUUUUCUUGGUGACUAUGGUCCCAGCUGCCUUGAGAUCAUUGACAAGAUCCUCCCGUGUAGUUCUGGGCUGAUUCCUCACCGUUCUCAUGAUCAUUGCAACUCCACGAGGUGAGAUCUUGCAUGGAGCCCCAGGCCGAGGGAGAUUGACAGUUCUUUUGUGUUUCUUCCAUUUGCAAAUAAUCGCACCAACUGUUGUCACCUUCUCACCAAGCUGCCUUUAAGAGUGUGCUCCUAAUCUCAGCUCGUUACCUGUAUAAAAGACACCUGGGAGCCAGAAAUCUUUCUGAUUGAGAGGGGGUCAAAUACUUAUUUCCCUCAUUAAAAUGCAAAUCAAUUUCUAACAUUUUUUACAUGCGUUUUUCUGGAUUUUUUUGUUGUUAUUCUGUCUCUCACUGUUCAAAUAAACCUACCAUUAAAAUUAUAGAAUUAUCAUUUCUUUGUCAGUGGGCAAACGUACAAAAUCAGCAGGGGAUCAAAUACUUUUUUCCCUCACUGUAGUAGGCUACAAGAAGGGUGUAAGAAUACUAGUGCUUUGUUUUUCAGCCAGCCUGGUAAACAUUGAGGCUACAGAGAAGAUCAUCAGGCAAAGGAGCAAGUACAAGAUGGCUGCCUAGGUGCUUUCUGCUAGUGCUGUUUUAUUCCAUCAAACUGCCUUUGCUGUUCCAAGUCAGACCCAUUUUAAUACAGCCUUGAAAGCCUCCCCUUUCACCAAGGGAUUAUGUCUGGGUGUUCUUUUGUUUUAUUCCCCAACUGGUAACCCAAUCAACCACACCCAAAAACCCAGCGCAUCCUUUUUAACCUGGUUUCUCACAGGUCCAGGCUGGGGCUGUUGUGGAGGCUUUUCUCAAAGCACAACUUAGUGGAACCAGGCUAGAUUUUAAUGGGGUUUGUGGGUCGACCGAGUGCACCUUCCCUCUGUCUCGCCCCAGCCCAGUUCCUCACAAGGGAAUGUAGGAGCUCAGCAGGUUUGCCACCACGCCCCAAUGUUAUUUCAACUUCCAUUAUGGGUGUGAAGUGGAAACUGUCAGUCCUCGUCAUGGGGAUAAGGGGGACCUGUGCUGUAUGAAAUCCUCCCAUCACAAUGAGUGAUAGAUUGGAAAAUCAAUCAUGCUGCCUGACUUGUCCUACAUUCUACAAAGUGACACCCCGAGAUUCAUUAUUUUAUUAUUUCUUAUUUGAUUCAAUCAUGUAUCUGGGGAAAGUGAGGGGUUGCUAGGCCCCAGGCUUUCCUUUAGAUUUGCUUCCAUUGUUGCCUGCCCUCCUGACUAGCUGGCUCGGCUUCAUUUCAGGGCCUGGAACACAAGGCUGUUUGAGUUGCGUUCAGGGACGCGAGGUGGUAUUGGGGGAAGUCGGGCACACGUUUGUGAGGAGUCUAAAUUUUGUCCUGGACUUGGUUUUGGCCGCCUCAGGGCUGUUCCUUGUGUGUGUGCUUGUCAUUUUGUCCAUUCCUGGAAAUCUAAUAAUCUUUAAUAUCCCCUUUCACGAGCUUGAUGCUCACUACGAUCCAUUUCUAGUCCUGCUGCUCCUCUCUAAUCUCAGAGCAAUCUGGAGUUUUCUAUCUUGUAAACACACACACACACACAGGUUCACUCAAGGCCAUGAGACUGAUACUUUCAUUAUGUUGUUCUCUCGUACUCCUAUAUUGAAUGAAUUUUUCAUCUUGGAAAGCACAUUUUGAUUUGUAAACCUCAAGUUCAUCUUCAAAUGCGUCAGUCCAAUCUGUUUUCUUUUUACAGCGGUGCAUAGUUUGAUAGCAGGAGAGGUGUCUGAAUGAUGUGUCUGUGUGUUUUUAUUCCGUUUUUGAUUGAUUCCAAAACACUUAUCAGUUGUCUCCGUUUGCUCUUUCUUAUGCAUUCCUAAACCUGAGUUACCUUCCUUCCUAACCCCCUUGUUCCUGUGUUCUCUUCUCCCUCAGUGCUGGACAUGGCACGCCAUGUGCCCCUGUACCGGGCGCUGCUGGAGCUGCUGAGGGCCAUCUCCACCUCCACGGCCCUGGUUCCCCUGCUGCUGCCCCUGUCAGGAGACCCCAGCCAGGAGGAAGAGGAGGAGGAGCACUCCGAGGGUCAGACUUCUGUGGGCAUGCUGCUGGCCAAGAUGAAAACCUGCGUGGACACCUACACUAACCGCCUCAGGUGGGGACUUAGACGGACAGAGUAAGAAUAUACAGAACAAGCAAAUAAUUAAGUGUCAUUGCCCAUUUAAUCGAUGUGAAUUGAUGGUUUCCGCUGAGCAUGAGUUUCAACUGAACAAUGGGAGAGGGUUAGAGUACCGCUGCCAUUAUUGAGGGUUAAAUUCCCCAAUUAUGUAUAUAUACCUUUGAAAUUAGGUCUAGUUGUGGCCGCAACGGAACUAGAUUGUGAACAGCUCUUGGCGGAAUGGCUUGACUGCCACGAGGGGAAAUAAGCACCUAUUGUUCGCGAACUGCCCCCCCCCCCCACCCCACUACUACUGCCUUUUUCUUCUCUGUGCUGCCUGCGUGCACAUGAUAGACAGUUGGUGGUCGGAACACGUCUCCAGAGCCUGUGAGUCGGAGGAGAGAGUAUUAACCCUGCUGUAGAAUUCAUUGAGGCCAGCAGGUCGACCAAACGCCCCAAUAAAACGACUCAAGACUCAAGUCGGUAAAAAAAAGUAGUUCAAAAAGAACCAAUCGUUUACGAACUGCACAUCACUACAACCAGCCCAGUGCUGACUGUGGGCUUUACGCAACGACCGUAGCAGGACACCUCAAGAGAAGCAAAGGCACUCUUUACCUCUCCCUACCUGCUCAUAGCGCUAUGCUAGCUAUAUUCAUCCGCCCAGCACACGGGGAUCAUCAAUAUUCCAUGGGAACCCAUCCAAGGAGUCAAUAUUUAAAGGAUGUGACAUGUGCCUGGUUAAACGUGGAUACAUGUAUCAAACAGUUCCAGCUCAUGUAUGAUUCCCACAGACAUGCAUGAUUUUCCCCCGCCCUCCUCCCUGGUGAAUGUAAGGUCCCAGCCAGGUUAGUUAUUUUUUUAGAAGGCACAGCCCAUCUUAGACGCUCCACAAACAAACAUGCUGGGACCCAUGGCAGUGCUUUCCAAAUGUACAGCGGAAUACCCCAUCUGCCCUGGGAGACUCUGAUAGACCUACCUGGUGGUCUGUACCCCUUCUGCUUAUCAGCAACAAAAUUAGGAUUACAGUCUGAGGACUGUCCAGCAUGAAGUUACGGUUUCUCUACCAUUGAGGGGGAAAAAGAAAACUGCCCUGCUAUCGGCUCAGUCAGGCCUCAGCGAUAACUGGUUCAUAAGCAUCAUAUCCACAGUCAUCACAUCAGGUUGGGCUCUUACGGCUGGUGUCCAGACACACAGAGAGAGUCUAAUGAAAGCAGGGCCUCAGGGCAGUCGGGACGGCUGGGCAGCCACAGCAGAAUGUUAUCUGCGUCCUCUUAUUCAACUGUCUCUCCCAAUCUGUGCCCAGCCUGUCCAAGGCCUGUGUGGCCGCCUGGCCGAUUAGGACGGGUAGUAGCAGGGGUGGAGUGGGGGGUUGGUGACAGAAGACCUUCGCUGACUGUCCUCGGUGAGGCUGAGGAUUCUGGGGGCGAGCGAGCAGAGGGAACUUGGCCGCCGUUCAACUUCACAAAAGGUCAUGUGGAAAGUGGCUUUUUCAGCGACCCCCCCCUCAGCAGGGCCAAGGAAUCCAUUCUCCUCUCAGCUCCCACAGCGUUUUAAGUACAAGGUUAAAGGACUGUCUAUGUCCCUCGUGUAUUUCAGCCUCCUCUGGGUUUUCCACUUAUCACAGUUUUGAAGCAGGGACCUAUUUUACCUGGGACUAAAGCAGGGAGGUUUUUUCAAUGUCCAGUUUAGUUCCUAUACAAACCUCCAUAGAAAUUGGUCUCUCUGCUUAUCUAGUUGUGAGGACCAGGUUAUUUAUGCUGCAAGGCUUCACAAAGCUGGUUAAAUUAUUCAUAGCACCUGGACAGAGGAACAGUAGCCUUGCCCCUUCGUUCUGUCUGUCUGAACAUUGGGUCAGAUGUUAUUUUCUUCUUGGUUUUUGAGGCUUCACCCUCGUACGCACACCCCUUUAACAGAGCAUGAAAAAUGCAGUUUCACUCUGUGUGCGUGUAGGGGGCAGGGAAUGGCAGAGCUCGGGAGCACUGGGAAUUGCUAGUGACAUGUGGAGGCCAGGACGGUGCUGGGAAUGGGAAUAUCAAUUUUGCUCCAAGAUUGUGGCUCACUGGGCAAUAUGCUCCUUUUCAGAUGGACUCCGGGCUCAUCUAGAGAAACUCUCCAACCAGAAAAUGCCCGAUAUGUGUAAUUGUUGCACAGUAGAGCGAGCGCUCCUUAGGAGCCAUGAAUAUUUCUAUUCCCAUCAGUAAUAUAAUCGCCCCAGAUUUCCUUCCCUGAUAGAAUGGAAGUAAAUUAGCAAUAUAUGUCACUGCAGGAUUUUUUAGAAGAAUAUGAUUACUGAACUCUCUCUCUUUUUGUUCUCUUCUCCAGGUCAAAGAAAGACAAGGCGAAAGGUGUGGUGAAGCCUGAUAGCUCAGACCCAGAACCUGAGGGCCUGACCCUGCUGGUGCCUGACAUCCAGAGGACGGCCGAGAUUGUCUAUGCUGCCACCACCAGCCUACGGCAGGCCAACCAGGGUAAGCCACACACACCUCACUCUCUGUCUCUCUGGCCAAGGGCCAAACCUGCUGAGCGGGGGGACUAUUAGUCUGGUCCCUCCUUGGCUUUUUACUCACAUUUAUUGUAAUACGUGACACAGUAAAAUGUUAACCAGUGUCUUUUUAAAGGUUGUCUGUUUUUUUAAAAGUUCCACUGAAUUAUUUCAGAUUUCAGCAGGUCCCAACUCUUCCUACUCCAUUUUUCUCUCACUACUGCUCUCUUUUGUCCUGUGUGUUCUUGGGACUAGGAUGAGAAAAUGGGUCUCUAAUUUUAGCCUCCAUAAGUACAAAUUCCCUCGGUUGUGAUUGACUAGAGCCCUUUUAAGUCUCAAUUUCAUCUUAAUGAAAAAAUUGCCUGUUUUAGGCCUGAACAUCCUGUAUCCAACUCCCAAUCCCCACCCCAAUUCCCUAAGUCAGUAGUUCCCAACCUUUUUUGGAAAGUGGCACACCUUGAUGGGAUAUACAAUUCUUCGGCACACCUAAAAUGUCCCUGUUAAUUUAUUUAGUGGUAAUGACCUCAAUCUCAUCUGAUCCAUACUGCAAAUCAUCUAUUUUCUGUGAUUUAAUUUUUUUGCUAGAUUAAAUAGGGUUCAUUUGAAAUAUUUUCAUAGUUUUGAUAGUUCCUUACUCAUUAUGUUUAUUUUGUGUGUACCCCUUUAUGAGCGUCCCGUGAAUCUGAGCCAGAAAUAAAAUGCAGCGCUAGUAAAAUUAGUCUUAGUUUUGAACAGUUUGGGCUACAAACGAGUGAUUUUCUGCAUUGCAACCACGUUUGUUCCUAUGGCAGAGGCUGUGGCAUAGCUAAACCCAGAGCCAUCAUAAAUAAAUGACUCUGGCUAAGCCUAAUCAGACUUGCCUGUGCUAAUCUUUGCUCGUGAUGCACACCCCCCUCAAAUGAUAAAAAAUAUAUGUAACAGCCUGAGCGCACUGGACUUCAAACAAUGAUACAGAUGUAAACAUGUUCCAUUUGAUGUGUUAUCUGACUGGCACUAGUGCUCCCAAGUCCAAAUUCCAUGUGCAUGCCACAGGUCACGUUUCUAAGUGAGAGAAAUUAAUCAAGAUUAGGAAAAGUUUCUCGGAACUCUUAAGAGUUCCUCAAGGCACACCAGUGUGCCGUGGCACACAGGUUGGGAACCACUGCCCUAUGUGACAGGUUAAAAGUUACUCCAUGUCUCUCACAUAUCUCUCUAAAAGGCUUUCUAUUUAGUAUCAAAGCCCUAUGUAUGUUCUAUUGUGGGGACCUGUUGCCCUACAGUCCCCAUGCAGCCCAUCUGUCAGCGUCACUACAGUGCAGGGAGACACAGCAUCCUCCCCAGAGCCCCAUAGUGCAGACAGAGGAGGACAGGUGGGUUUGGUAGUGGACACCAUAUUGUUCAUUAUAUUGCCUACCUCCCAGUGGCUCUCUUGUAUUCAGCCGAAUCAAUGGCGCUCUAACUGAGCAUUGUGGUGGAGGGAUGAUGUGGGGGUUGAGAUGCCCAGAUGACGAUCAAUGCAGCCGUCACUUUACCUAAAGAAGUCCAUAUGAUAGCGGCCACUGGAUUCAUGUACCAAAAGGGAAUGGGCGGUAUAGGGGAGGGCUGGACGGAUGUGUAAUUGCUUAAUUAGAACUUAGUCUUUUAAAAAAUGGCCAUAGACGGGCUAACGAGGAGGCGGACAUUGGUGUGCUCUGUUCCUACAGCCUAGUAUUGACUGGUGAGACUGGUAACGGUCUAUCGAAGUAUCGAUAUCCAACACUAACGUGCCAAUCGAACUUAAAGUAAAUGAAGCUAUCGACAGCCAUCUUUUUUUAUGCCCCUCUGGCAUCCUAAGUCAGGUUGUAAUAGGCCAGUUAAAUGCACCAGUAAUUUAAUGGGAGUUACAUCUGUCCAGGUAGCGGUAUCUAAAGCAGAAUGCGGGGCUGGGGUGCUAUAAAUGUGCUAUAUGUAGACAGUUAAUUAUGCUGAUGCCUUAACUGCUCUCUAUCCCAUCGCUCCACUAUGUUUUAUCGGUGGGAAAAUUGGUGGGCGUUUCCAUUAUCAUUUGUCUUGGACAUGGUUAAGCUGUCGAAAAGACUCAGACUUUGAAGAAACUGGAGGGGAAAUUCCAUCUUAGCAUCUCCAAAUGAUGGUAGAUUAAUUCCUCAAUUUGAAGGUGAAAAUGGGGGGAUAAGGGGGCGUGACAAAACCUGCUAUUAACUGUGAUAUUCUGAGAUAAUCUUGUUGAACUGAAGAGGAAUAUGGGUUGAAUUUGUGUUUUUGAUAUGUAUCUAUUAUUUGUCGGAGUGGGUGAAGUAGUAAUAUCAAGGAAGUGGUGACCUCAGCAGUACCUUUUCACAGUGUGGUUGUUUGUUUGCCAGUAGAUCCAUGUAAAGAUGGUAGGUCUGGGCCAAUGAUGUAUAUAAAGCGACCGGGAGACUCAUGGGCGACGCACAAUUGGCCCAGCGUUGUCCAGGGUAGGGGAGGGAAUGGCCGGCAGGGAUGUAGCUCAGUUGAUAGAGCAUGGCGUUUGCAACGCCAGGGUUGUGGGUUCGAUUCCCACAGGGGGGCCAGUAUAAUAAAAAAAUAUGUAUUCACUAACUGUAAGUCGCUCUGGAUAAGAGCGUCUGCUAAAUGACUAAAAUGUAAACGUAAAUAUAAACCCUGCAUUGCUGAUGCUAUGUAUUGGCCAGUGAGAGGCUUUGAAGCCACCGGUCGGCCAUAUUGGCACUUCCCAGAAGAAGCAGUCCUCCAUAGAAAUUAAUGGAAUUCUACAUUAUUUCAACUAAAUGUUUUAAUGACAAAAUUACAUGUAAAUAAGUAUUUUUGUUGUAGAGGGGACAUUAGAAUUUUCAAGAAAUUAUCUUUAUAUUUUUUGUAUAUUGGUUUAGUUCACAUAAUAUAAUGUAAAAGUAUCUGUAAUAGAAUAAACAUGGCAAAACAAAUGUAGAUGUUAACAUCUUCCAAAAUAUAUAAAUCAUUGGUCUGGGCUAGCAGCCUGCUGAGAUGAGGGUUGUUGUGACAAAUAACGGUAAGCCUGGCUCUCAAACAGGGAUAACUUUGAACCUGCCAUGGUAACACUUUUAAUUUUUUAUUUCUCUCUCCAUCAGAGAGGAAGUUGGCUGAGUCCUCCAAGAAGGCAACAACCAGACCCAAACCCAUGUCCAUCCUACGCUCACUAGAGGAGAAGUACGUGGCCAUCAUGAAGAAGCUCCAGUUUGGUGAGUGCUUUGAGUUUGUGUGUGUUUGUAUUCAAUGUGUGGUGCCGGGUGUGGUUUGGUAGAUAUGUUGGAAAUGUUGUUGUUUCUCUUAGGACAGGAGAAUGCUUAGACAUACUAUAGGCAGGGCCCGUCUCUUCUCUCCUUGCCUGUCUGUUGAUUGGUUCCUCCUCAAUGCACAUAGUGCCCAGAGCACAGCAGAACAGCCCCCCAAACCCCCUCCUACCCUCUCUGAAAUGAUACAUAACGUAAUCCUGCUGCCUGUCUGCGGGGAGGAAGAGCUUUUCUAUCUGUCACUUCUCAUCCUGCCACGCCAUGAUUGAUUACGGGACUUUUGUUGUGCCGCAAUUGAUUUUUGCGAGUGGCAGACGUCUAAAGUAAUCGCAAUUGACAUGAAUGUAAACAGGUUUGCUCUGGUCCAAGUACAAAAGAGAGACAGAGACGAGCCAAGGUAACAAGGCAGGAACCCCGGAGUGCAAUAUGAUUAACAUGCAAACCUCACUGGCCACGUUGCGUCCGUGAGCGUUGCAAAAUAAAUGUAAACAUGUUAUUCGGUCAUUUCACCCACACCACUCACGCGCGUGUACGAGCGUCUGCGUAGCUAAGCCCUAAAAUAGAACUUGGUUCUAUUUGAGACGCUCCACGCGCUGCAAGUCUCCUCCUUAUUAAAUAUCAGGAAGGUGCAAACCCACGUGGAUGCUUGAAAGAUAAACGAGGAGAGAUGAAUUAAAGAUAACUCACUAAAAAAACGAACUAGGUUUCCCUUUUUAUCUGUGGAUCAAACAUUGGAGUAGAGAAACACACAAUUUUGUAGGACUCCAGGUCAAAAUUCUGCAAAUAACCAGCUAAAAAGAGGACCAUAUGCAUGUCAGGUAAAAUAACAAACCAAUGUUCAUGUCCGAGGACAAACUAGCUAGCAACAGCUAGCGAGCUAAAUGUCCAUGAAUGUUUCAUUUAUGUUUCGACCUUCCCGAAAAUGAAUAUAGUUGGUUCACAGUUGGUUUUCAACAUGCACUCGGUGGCGCACAUGUGGCGUCGGUGUAGUCAGCAUGGAAGGACGAGAGAUAGGGUCAUGUCAUUACUGAAUAGAGAUUUACUGGGAGGAUGUUUGUGUCAUGCCUUAUUCUUUGAUGUGGAAUGAACCAUUUUAAAGUGUUUAAAACUUCUCUAGCAGUCCCAGUAGGUAUUGACAUUAAUAAUCAUGUGAUGUCUUUCCCUGGCAGACACCUUUGAGAUGGUCACGGAGGACGAUGACGGGAAGCUGGUGUUCAAGGUGAACUACCACUACAUGUCUCAGGUGAAGAACGCCAGCGAUGCCAACAGUGCUGCCCGCGCCCGCCGCCUGGCACAGGAGGCCGUCACACUCUCCACCUCGCUGCCCCUCUCCUCCUCCUCCAGCGUCUUCGUCCGCUGUGACGAAGAGCGGCUGGACAUCAUGAAGGUACAGAUAUGAAUCUAUGGAUCCACUAUGCCUUUUUACGUGCUCAAUCCACCCAUCUCAUUUUCUAAUGACAAUUUUAUACAUGCGGUAGCCAACCCACAUUUUAUGAUUCACAUUUGAGGUAUUAAUUAAAGUGAUAUCUGUUCAAUGGUAUUCAAUGUAUAUGCUGCAAUGAAAAUGUAUUUGCGCCCUUUCAGAUUCUCUAUUUUUGCAUAUUUUUGACACUGAAUGUUAUCAGAUCUUCAACCUAAACCUAAUAUUAGAUAAAGGGAAUCUGAGUGUACAAAUACCACAACAAUGUGAUACUUAUUUAAUUUAUUUAAUAAACAAAGUUAUGCAACACCCAAUGACAUGGGUCUCCUUAUGUCUGGCGAAAACCAAACACUGUAUUCCACAGUAAGAACCUUAUACCAAUGGUCAAGCAUGGUGGUGGUAGUGUGAUGGUUUGGGGAUGCUUUGCUGCCUCAGGACCUGGACGACUUGCCAUUAUUGAAGGAACCUUGAAUUCUGCACUGUAUCAGAGAAUUCUACAGGAGAAUGUCAGGCUAUCUCUGUGAGCUUAAGCUAAAGCGCAGCUGGGUCAUGCAGUAAAACAGUGAUCCAAAACACACAAGCAAGUCUACAUCAGAAUGGCUGAAAAGCAACAAAUUGGAAGUUUUGGAAUGGCCUAGUCAAAGUCCAGAUCUAAACCUGACAAAUGUUGCUGCGUUAAAGCAGUUCUGCAUGGAAGAAAAUACCUCCACAGCGAUGUGAGAGACUGAUCAACAACUAAAGUUGGGACAACCAGUUAUUGAGUGUAAGGGGGCAAUUACUUUUUCACACAGAGGGGUGUUGAGUUUUGCAUAACUUUGUCAAUUAAAUAAAUUAAAUAAUUAUCACAUUUUUAUGUUAUUUGUUCACUCAUGUUGCCUUUAUCUAAUAUUAGGUUUUGGUUGAAGAUCUGAUAACAUUCAGUGUCAAAAAUAGAGAAUCUGAAAGCGGGCAAAUACUUUUUCACGGCACUGUAUAUGAAAGGGCUUUACUAGAGACUCUGUCUGAUACAGAGAUGGCCUCGGGGAAUGGCCAGAUGACGGUUUGAAUGCUUUCCAAUUGAGAUGCUUGUUAAAGUGAGCAGGGUGUUACAGCACUGUUCCAGUCAAAUGGAUGCUGCUUGGAAUGGCGCCGGAGAAGAUGGCUGCCGUUUUACAGACCUCUAACCAAUUGUACUAUUAUCUGUGUUUUUCCGCGUUAUUUGUAAUUUAUUUUGUACAUAAUGUUUCUGCCAUCGUCUCUUAUAACCAAAAAGAGCUUCUGGAUAUCAGGACAGCGAUUACUCACCUCGUAUUGAACGAAUAAUUUUUCUUCAACAAGGCGGCCAUGAAGGAUAUCCUACAGACACCCGACAAGGCCCAAAUCCCUGUCAUUCGCAUGAGGAAGAGACGGAGAUAUCGUGGACGUAGGUCGGGGUGCCUUGUAAGGAUCCCACGGCGAGCGAGUAAACUGCCGCUCCCAUCAAUCCUAUUAGCCAAUCUUCAAUCAUUGGAAAAUAAAUUGGAUUACCUAAGAUUACGGUUAUCCUACCAACGGGACAUUAAAAACUGUAAUAUCUUAUGUUUCACCGAGUCGUGGCUGAACGACGACAUGGAUAACAUACUGCUAUUGGGCUAUACGCUACAUCGGCAGGAUAGAACGGCUGACUUCGGUAAGACAAGGGGUGGCGGUCUGUGUAUAUUUGUAAACAACAGCUGGUGCACAAAAUCAAACACUAAGGAAAUCUCGAGGUUUUGCUCGCCUGAGGUAGAGUAUCUUAUGAUAAGCUGUAGACCACACUAUUUACCAAGAGAGUUUUCAUCUAUAUUUUUCAUAGCUGUCUAUUUACCACCACAAACCAAUGCUGGCAUUAAGAUUGCACUGAAUGAGCUGUAUAAGGCCAUAAGUCAACAGGAAAACGCUCAUCCAGAGGCAGCGCUCCUAGUGGCUGGGGACUUUAAUGCAGGGAAACUUAAAUCCGUUCUACUUAAUUUCUACCAGCAUGUUAAAUGUGCAACCAGAGGAAAAAAAACUCUAGACCACCUUUACUCCACACACAGAGACGCAUACAAAGCUCUCCCUCGCCCUCCAUUUGGCAAAUCUGACCAUAACUCUAUCCUCCUGAUUCCUGCUUAUAAGCAAAAACUAAAGCAGGAAGCGCCAGUGACUCGGUUAAUAAAAAAGUGAUCAGAUGACGCAGAUGCUAAGCUACAGGACUGUUUUGCUAGCACAGACUGGAACAUGUUCUGGGAUUCUUCAGAUAGCAUUGAGGAGUACACCACAUCAGUCACUGGCUUCAUCAAUAAGUGCAUCAUCAAUAAGUGCAUCGAUGAUGUCGUCCCCACAUUGACCGUACGUACAUACCCCAACCAGAAGCCAUGGAUUACAGGAAACAUCCGCACUGAGCUAAAGGGUAGAGCUGCCGCUUUCAAGGAGCGGGACUCUAACCCGGACGCUUAUAAGAAAUCCCGCUAUGCCCUCCGACGAACCAUCAAAUAGGCAAAGAGUCAAUACAGGACUAAGAUUGAAUCGUACUACACCGGCUCUGACGCUCGUCGGAUGUGGCAGGGCUUGAAAACUAUUACAGACUACAAAGGGAAGCACAGCCGCGAGCUUCCCAGUGACACAAGCCUACCAGACGAGCUAAACCACUUCUAUGCUCGCUUCGAGGCAAGCAACACUGAAGCAUGCAUGAGAGCACCAGCUGUUCCGGAUGACUAUGUGAUCACGCUCUCCGUAGCCGAUGUGAGUAAGACUUUUAAGCAGGUCAACAUUCACAAGGCCGCAGGGCCAGACAGAUUACCAGGACGUGUACUCCGAGCAUGUGCUGACCAACUGGCAAGUGUCUUCACUGACAUUUUCAACAUGUCCCUGACUGAGUCUGUAAUACCAACAUGUUUCAAGCAGACCACCAUAGUCCCCGUGCCCAAGGACACUAAGAUAACCUGCCUAAAUGACUACCCACCUGUAGCACUGACGUCUGUAGCCAUGAAGUGCUUUGAAAGGCUGGUCAUGGCUCACAUCAACACCAUUAUCCCAGAAACCCUAGACCCACUCCAAUUUGCAUACCGCUCCAACAGAUCCACAGAUGAUGCAAUCUCUAUUGCACUCCACACUGCCCUUUCCCACCUGGACAAGAGGAACACCUACGUGAUAAUGCUAUUAAUUGACUACAGCUCAGCAUUCAACACCAUAGUGCCCUCAAAGCUCAUCACUAGGCUAAGGAUCCUGGGACUAAACACCUCCCUCUGCAACUGGAUCCUGGACUUCCUGACGGGCCGCCCCCAGGUGGUAAGGGUAGGUAACAACACAUCUGCCACACUGAUCCUCAACACGGGGGCCCCUCAGGGGUGCGUGCUCAGUCCCCUCCUGUACUCCCUGUUCACCCAUGACUGCAUGGCCAGGCACGACUCCAACACCAUCAUUAAGUUUGCCGACGACACAACAGUGGUAGGCCUGAUCACCGACAACGAUGAGACAGCCUAUAGGGAGGAGGUCAGAGACCUGGCCGUGUGGUGCCAGGAUAACAACCUCUCCCUCAACGUGACCAAGACAAAGGAGAUGAUUGUGGACUACAGGAAAAAAAAGAGGACUGAGCACGCCCCCAUUCUCAUCGACGGGGCUGUAGUGGAACAGGUUGAGAGCUUCAAGUUUCUUGGUGUCCACAUCACCAACGAACUAUCAUGGUCCAAACACACCAAGACAGUCGUGAAGAGGGCACGACAAAGCCUAUUCCCCCUCAGGAGACUAAAAAGAUUUGGCAUGGGUCCUCAGAUCCUCAAAAAAUUCUACAGCUGCACCAUCGAGAGCAUCCUGACUGGUUGCAUCACCGCCUGGUAUGGCAACUGCUUGGCCUCUGACCGCAAGGCACUACAGAGGGUAGUGCGUACGUCCCAGUACAUCACUGGGGCCAAGCUUCCUGCCAUCCAGGACCUCUAUACCAGGCGGUGUCAGAGGAAGGCCCUCAAAAUUGUCAAAGACUCCAGCCACCCUAGUCAUAGACUGUUCUCUCUGCUACCGCACGGCAAGCGGUACCGGAGUGCCAAGUCUAGGUCCAAAAGACUUCUCAACAGCUUCUACCCCCAAGCCAUAAGACUCCUGAACAGCUAAUCAUGGCUACCCGGACUAUUUGCACUGCCCCCCCACCCCAUCUUUUUACGCUGCUGCUACUCUGUUAAUUAUUUAUGCAUAGUCACUUUAACUCUACCCACAUGUACAUAUUACUUCAACUACCUCAACUAGCCGGUGCCCCCGCACAUUGACUCUGCACCGGUACCCCCCUGUGUAUAUAUAGCCUCCCUACUGUUAUUUUAUUUUACUUCUGCUCUUUUUUCUCAACACUUUUUUGUUGUUGUUUUAUUUUACUUUUUAUAAAAAAUAAAUGCACUGUUGGUUAAGGGCUGUAAGUAAGCAUUUCACUGUAAUGUCUGCACCUGUUGUAUUCGGCGCAUGUGGCCAAUAAAAUUUGAUUUGAUUUGCUUGGGGCAGUAAAACCGCAUUACUUCUGCUGCUUGCAGUUAUAGCAGCAGGGAUGGGGAAACGGGCUUGGUCUCUUGAGACUCAGCAUCUGGUGUUGAUAGGCUAUGCUUUCGCAUUCCAGUGGUCAUUCAGCAACGGCUGUCAUUGAAAGUCUUACUCAUUUUCCAAUGACAUUUAAUAAAUGGCCUUGACCCCUUUUCUGAUUUAAUGGAAAAGUCUCAUUCGGUAAAUGUCAAAGCCCUCAUCUGUUAAGGUUCUGUUCCUGCAAAGAACACUGCAAACUCUUUCCUUAGCAGCACAAUGAGAAAAGGCCACUAGUUGACAGCGGCUGGUGGAUGUGGUCUAAGUCUAGGGACCCAUCUGGCGUAUUGCCCCCUCAUUUCAAGUUUCCCCUGUCCUACCGCUGUAGACAGUGGAUUAUCGUUCUUUCACCGGAGCGAUAGCAUCAUGCUAUCUUAAUAGACAUUAAUAGCCACUCACUCCAGAUUUCCCCCUACUUCUCUGGGAAGUGCACUAAAAGUGUUGGGUCUGAAUGUUCAUAUGAAAAUAUACGCCCUCCCUGAGUGACACUCAGUGCCCUCGAGCGAUCUUGUGAGUGCUCUGCUGAGCUUGAUCGGCAUGACAACCCCUGACAUUGCUACUCAUGGCUGACGCUGCUUAGACAGUGGUCAGGCACUCUGUGUUUCACUCUCAAACACGCUCUCUCAUACGCACAUACACACACUACCGACCUACAGCUUGUCGACAUCCUCUUAACCGUUACAUGCCUUCUCGCACCUUGUUAAAAACCUGCCUUGCCGUGUUUCUACCUCCCUCCCCUGGAUCAAUGUUUACAUUUUUUUAUUCUGUGUCUUGUUCCUGUUCUAAAUGCACGCUGCCCGCUUCUCUCGGCCUCUACCCCUCUCCUCCUCCAUCAACAAGCCACCCUGGCAGCGUCGCCAGCUCUGCCCCCUCCUCCCCUCCCCUCCCCAUUCACCUCCAUCUCAAAACAGCCGCUGGGAAAGCUAGUCUGUCUGACACUUCACUCAGACACCUUGUUUGUUGAUGCGAGAACACAGGCCUCUCCCCAGGAUCCCCACUUCCUCCCUGGUCUACAUACCGUGUCUCUCUGAGCUUGGCCCCACAGAAACUCUGAAUCCUGGGGGUUUUGUUUUAAAAAGCCAGAGCCAAAUGCACUUGAAACAAGGUCUCGGUGCAGUGGGUUUCAGAUCAGAUUAGCCCUCUGCUGUCAAGCCCUCCUGCGAGCGGCUAAUGCGGAAAAUCACAGCCUCCCAUUCGGGCACGCCAUCCUUGAGCCUGAAUACCUGUGACUCUGUAAUAACCCGCUGCUCUGGAGAAGGUCCCCUCUCAUCAGCUCGUGUGAGCAGAGAACAGAGUAAGGGGAGGGGGAGCGGGCUUCGUCCUCAUAUAAGAGGUUUUCUCCUGCAUCGAUCAGAUGGAGCCUCUGAUACAGACAAAGGCUCUUUAAUUCCUGUUCACUGAAGGCACAAGGGUAUUCCUGCAGAACUACCAAGAUCCCUUUUCCAUUUCUUAUUUUAUCAUUUUGAGGAUCUUGCCAAGCCUGUGUGUAAGGGCUGAUAAUUGCCAGGGAUCUCACAAUACAUAUAUUUUAUUUUUACAAAUUGUUACUUUGAGUAAAAUAUCGAUAUAGUAUCGUACAAAAAUAAUAUUGCCAUAUAGAUCUAUCGAUUUGUUUCCGUCCAACACUACUGUCUGUGUCUCUGUGUCAUUUAUUUUAUUUUUCACUUCCUAUGGUCAUCUUGAGUUAAUUAGCUAAUCUCAUUUUAGUGUGGAAAUUAAUUGGAUUUCUAUAAUAGCCAUGAGAUAUUCAGCAGGAAAAAUACUAUUCUUUUGUUUCAGCCACCUCUAGUGGUAAUGGGUGUGUGGUUGAAGAAAAAGGUGAGAGUAUUGAAUUGUCAUUAACCCUUUGUGGUCUGUGUGUUGCAGGUUCUCAUCACGGGCCCGGCAGACACGCCGUACGCGAACGGCUGCUUUGAGUUUGACGUGUACUUCCCCCAGGACUACCCCAACUCCCCGCCCCUGGUCAACCUGGAGACCACCGGGGGACACAGCGUGCGCUUUAACCCAAACCUCUACAACGACGGAAAGGUGAGUCCCAUAUACUUAGGGUUAGGGGGUUGGUGAGGAGUUGGGUCAACUGCCUAGCUUUUAAUCAACAGAGAGAGUAGCCUUUCCUCAAGGCUAGUUUAUUUCCGGUGUGUGUCUCUUCCUCUUGUGAAAAGCAGUAAAGGUGCUGGAGCCUGCCACAUCUGCUGCUCCUCAUUAGGAAGGCUCUGACGCGGAACAUCUAUUUUCAUAAUGGAAGGAGACAGCUGCUAUAAGAAUUACUGUGGGCUUUCUACAGUAGAGAUACCACUCUGGUGGGGAGGCCAGGGAAAACGGCAUCUCAGCUCUCCCUCCACUCAACGAUGGAUGGAUGGAUGGAUGGCUGGGUAGAAGGAGGGCCUCUGCCUGUGGAUAUUUACCUGACACUGGUCAUUCUCUUGUAUUUAGCCCUUGAUCUGUUCUGUCUUCUCCAGGUGUGUUUAAGUAUCCUCAACACCUGGCACGGGAGACCAGAGGAGAAAUGGAACCCUCAGACCUCUAGCUUUUUACAGGUGAGACAGAACUCCACUGUACUAUACCGCCACCACCCUUUCAUAUGUCCAUUUUUUUUUCUGCUGUCAAAACCAGCGGCAGUCUCAUACGUCAUUGGGGAUGGUUGAUCAUCAGCCUGUCUCUAUUUGACCACAGGGGUGUGUAUUAAUAGGUAGCUGUUUUGACAGAUGCCAUAAAGGAUCCUCAGUACUGUAAACCAAUUAAUAGGGUUUAUGUUGUGUGUUGAAAGAUUUGGACACUGAUAAUCGCCUAACUUGGAACGCAGUGGUUGUGCAGUAACAUGCUAUACAUGACGUCAGAGCUCAAGGUCUCCGCUUCACAGCGCAGUAUUGGUUUAGACCCCUCAAACUCAACUCUGGACCACAAAGCCAGUUCCACUGCAUUUUCUCAUUGUUCCCCUCUAAUUAGGGACUGAUUUAGACCUGGGACACCAGGUAGAACAGAAAACCAUCAGACUUUGGACCUCGUAGGGUAGGAAUUGAACUGACAGCGGUUCUGAACAAGAAGUUGUCACCAUCCCUCCUGGGAAGUGCUGUUAAUAAGGAGAACUCUUAUGUAAUUUGAAAGAUGAGACAUUGAGGAUUAUAAUAAAUAUUACUUUGUCAUACAAGCAAGCCAAACACUGUGAGUCCAAAUGUGCACUUCACAUUUCCAUAUCAUAAAACUCAUGUCAUAUACAGUGUCAACGUUUAUGAUCACAAUGCUUGAUCUACAGUUACAAGAUGACGUGGCGUCAUACCCUGGGUUGUUCUGAACAGAAUGAGCCUAUGUUUGUCGUGUUGUGAAGAAAUUUGGCGCAGAACACCCAUCUAAAUGCACUCGUGACUAUUCUAUGCGUACCAAAAUUGUGAAAGCCUAACACUGUAAGACUUAUACUGAACAAAAAUAUAAACGCAACAUGUAAAGUGUUGGUCCCAUGUUUUCAUGAGCUGAAAUGUUCCAUACGCACAAAAAUGAUUUCUCAAGUUUUGUGCACAAAUUUGUUUAUAUCCCUGUUAGUGAGCAUUUCUCCUUUGCCAAGAUAAUCCAUCCACCAGACAGGUGUGGCAUAUCAAGAAGCUGAUUAAACAGCAUGAUCAUUACAGAGGUGCACCUUAUGCUGUGGACAAUAAAUGGCCACUCUAAAAUGUGCAGUUUUGUCACACAACAUAAUGCCACAGAUGUCUCAAGUUUUGAGGGAGUGUGCAGUUGAAUGUUAAUUUCUCUACCAUAACGUAAGUUUUUGAAAAUGUGGCACUAUGUCCAACCGGCCUCACAACCGCAGACCGUGUGUAACCACGCCAGCCAAGGACCUCCACAUCCGGCUUCUUCACCUACAGGAUUGUCUAAAACCAGCCAGACGGAUAGCUGUGGAUUUGCACAACCAAAGGAUUUAUGUACAAACUGUCAAACUCUCUCAGGGAAGCUCAUCUGCGUGCUUGUGGUCUUCACCUGGGUCUUGACCUGACUGCAGUUCGGCGUCGUAACCUACUUCAGUGUGCAAAUGCUCACCUUCGAUGGCCACUGGCACGCUGGAGAAGUGUGCUCUUCACGGAUGAAUCCUGGUUUCAACUGUACCGGGCAGAUGGCAGACGUGUAUGGCUUCGUGUGGGCGAGCGGUUUGCUGAUGUCAAAUUUGUGCUAUUCAUCCGCCACCAUCACCUCAUGUUUCAGCAUGAUAAUGCACGUCGCAUGGAUCUGUACACAAUUCCUGGAAGCUGAAAGUGUCCCAGUUCUUCCAUGGCCUGCAUACUCACCAGACAUGUCACCCAUUGAACAUUGUUGGGAUGCUCUGGAUCGACGUGUACGACGGCGUGUUCCAGUUCUCGCCAAUAUCCAGCAACUUCGCACAGCCAUUGAAGAGGAGUGGGACAACAUUCCACAGUCCACAAUCAACAGCCUGAUCAACUCUAUGUGAAGGAGAUGUGUCAAACUACAUGAGGCAAAUGGUGGUCACGCCAGUUACUGACUGUUUUUUUUUUUUAAGGUCUGUGACCAACAGAUGAACAUCUGUAUUCCCAUUCAUGUGAAAUCCAUAGAUUAGGGCCUAAUGAAUAUUCCUAUGUUACUGAAUGUAUCCAGAGUGUUUUUAUUCCAUUAUCAACAAAUGCGGUGAUGUAUAGUAAAUGUAAAAUGCACCAAAAAUCAACAGUGUAAUGUUUGUAUUCAGUCUUGUCAGAUUAACUUUAGUUUCACCUUUAGUAUAAUCAUUUUCCCAUAAUUUCCAAAAGGUUCCCUUUUAAUUUCUACCAUGGUUCUGCAUUUUCAUAUUUCUAUUUAGGCCUAUCUAUAUAGGCCAAUCCCAUGAGUCUAAAGGGUUAUAACAUGGUUAGAGCCAUGUCCCUGGUGUCUGUAGGCAGUGUGGCCAGAGGUUUGUCCUUGCGAGUACAUCCAUCAAACAUGUCAUCCACUGUUCAUACGGGGGAGUCAUUUUCUGUGUAUAUUGAUCUGGCAACAAGCCAACGAGAGUCCUUGGAAAUGGCUCCCUUUUUUAAUUCCCUCAUUUGCAGGGUUGGGGAGAUGGAGACGUCUCCAUUGAUUAUCAUUCUAGUUAGUGUCUGCCAGAUCGAUAAUGGAAAUAGGAGGCUGAAUGGGGGAGUGUUGGAAUCAAUUCAAAAUCAGCUGACCCUGAUAUCUAGAUCCGGUGAGCAGGUUGGGGGAGGGUGCAGGAGGGGGGGGGGUUCAGAGAGUAGAUAGGAAAAGGUCACCAGGGUCAGAGUUGGUAGACAUAGUCCUUUGGCACUCAUGCAGUAUCAAUUUCUUCAUCCUCAUUAAUGGUUGAGGUAAGGAUUGGGGUAAUCAACUAUUGUUAGGCUGACAUCUACUUGACCGUCAGGGCCAAAUGGUUGGAGAACCUUGAGUGUUGUCCAGCUUGGGCUGGCAGACGGGAAGGCAGCCGCCCAGACAGAGUGGCUCUGUGGGUAAUAUAAAUUGGGCAGAGUGAUGGAGAAAGCCGUUUACCCAGUCUCCUUGAGACGACCCUGGGCAUUAAUUGAAUCGUUACAAAGAUAUAUUUUUUUUUUACAGAGCGAAAAUGUAUGCUUUUAUCUUGACGCUCUCUUAAACACCUUUCAAACAUUUUUCAGUCAACUUUAGCAUCCCACCAACUUUUUUACACGUUUUCUUUAUAUCUGAAAGGUGUUUCCGGUAUCAAACCUUUUAUUUCCCGCGAACCGACGUAGUCUUUAUUGCUGUAAAGUUCUGCCUAUGGCUUAGUAUGAAAUGCAGCCGUAAUGCGGAGGAGGCAUUGGCACGCUCUUCGCUCUUCAGCUUUUGAUGGUUGCUAAGCAGCGCCUGUUACUACUAUCCUCCUGGCAGUUCUAAACUUUGCAAGGCAUGUCACGUCACCCAUCUCUUCACAUAGCCCACAACAUGCAUUGUUUUCUUAACCACAACUGGAUGGAUCCAUAAAGAAUUACUGUGGGGAAUAAAUCGAAUAAAAUGCUAUUAAAUAAGUAGAGGUCGUAUAGCUCAUCUAUAAAUGUUUCUAUCAAGUGUAGGUCUAUUUUGCUUGAUCAUGUAUAGGCAACUCCAGAAGGGGUUGUGAAAUAGGAACACGAGACUCGCAUGCUUUUUGAAAAUAUACAUUGCUAUUAUUUUAUCGGUAUCAUGAUGAAGAUACUCAAUGUAAGACCCUACGCCUGCUCCCUAACAAAGCAGAGUGGGGAUAGGAAAGCAACAAAACAUGGAUCAAAAAAUAAUGGGCUUGUCUUAGGCUCUGUUUCAAAAUAGCACUUUUAUGACAGCGGUUCCACACGUUGCUGUGAAGCAAGUUGUGUUGGGAAAAUAUUAUUUGUAUUUGAUUGUUAUAUUUCUUUAUAUUCUUAGCCUACUAUAAAAUGUGUUGACUGUGAUCAGGGUAGCCUAAGUGUGUCUUGUCUGUUUAAUUGACAAAAUAGCUUGGCCGAUGGAUUUCAUUUGCAUGGCUCAGCCAUGUCGCCUAUAGGCUGCACAGAUCAGUAACAUAAUUAAACUCCAAAUAUGCCAUUCUAUUAUUUUGAAAAUGCAUUUUAUUAGUCUUAUAAUGUUUCUUAGGACCUGCCUAAUACAAAUGAAUAAUGGAUGUCUUUGUGAUGCUGUAUAUUCAAUGGAUUGAUUAAAAUAGGCGUCCACCCACACAUCAGCCCACAUCUACUCCCACUCCAAAACUUGCCGUUGUGCACGGGAGAUAUAAAAGGCUCAUCCCGGCAAGAAUGUUGUAAAGGGACUGUAUGAAUUGGGUUCUAAAAAACAUUGCCAGAUUUUUAUUUACAGGCAACAAACACACUGUAAAGUCUGUCUGUAAAGGGUAAAGGGUGUCCCCAAUGCUUUCUGCUGCGAUGCUCAUUGUUCUCACCUCUCCCACUGCUUCUGUCUCCUCUUCCUUUUCUUGAUCUCUCUCUUGCUCCCCCUCCGGCUCUCUACACACACACCCUUCAGUAACCUCCCUACAAGUUAUGGCUGUAUGUGUAUUUCGUAAUGAUCAAAUACAUUCCAUUAAUCGCUCUCCUCUCUCUCUCUCUCUCUCUCUCUCUCUCUCCUCUCUCUCUCUCUCCCCUCCAGGUACUGGUAUCGGUGCAGUCUCUGAUCCUGGUGUCGGAGCCCUACUUCAACGAGCCGGGCUACGAGCGUUCACGCGGAACCCCCAGCGGCACACAGAGCUCCCGCGAGUACGACGGAAACAUCCGGCAGGCCUCCGUCAAGUGGGCCAUGCUGGAGCAGAUGCGCAACCCAUCACCUUGCUUCAAAGAGGUGAGCCCCCCCCCCAACCCCCCAACCGCUAUCAGGCUAUCCUACAGUGCCUCACCCUUUCAUACACACUGUUAGGUUACCUCGCAUCCUCCUUGAAAGAGGUAAGAGCAUUAAAUAACCCGGACCCUUCCUCCCGUUAAUCUUAACCCUCACCUUUCCUGACACCUCAACCUGGCCCACAUCAGUGUUUAAUAAUGCGUCUCAAUUCUACUGUAGGAUCAUUCUCUGUCAUGGAUUACCAUAACACUAACCAUGCUCCCUUGUUACAGUAGCUACCAGCCAUUAAACAAAUGGUCUGAUAAAGGAUUGUAAAGGACUUUGGGACUGUAUUACGACAGUGGCAGAUAAUACAUUCAAUGUUGAUUAAUUCUAAGGUCGAUAAUAUCGCCCCCGUUUUUUGAUUUCCUCCUGUCCUUGACUCUGGCCGCGCAGGCUGAUAGCGGUCAGUCACCAACUCUGCCUAGAGAGGGAGAGGAGUGGAGCGAGGGAGGGAGGGAGGGAAAUAAGUAAGGAGAGGUGUAGCGAGAGGAUGGAGGGGAGGGGAAGAUGGAGAGAGGGUGGGGGUCGAGGGAAAGAAAGUGAAGCAGAGGGAGAUUGGGAGGUAGAGGGAGGUCGGUAGAAAAAUAGGUUUCUCAUUAUUUCCUCCAGGCAGGAGGGGCGUGUCAGUGCCACAUAAGCUUUCCCUGUGUGUGUGUGCUGCUGUCUGAUGGAGGGAACUUAGGGCACCACAGCCAGAAACACUUCAGUUAG